AUGCCAUCGCCGGCGCGUUGGGCCUUCCGCAGAGCCAGGAGGUCGAGAAACUGGGAAGAGAGCUCCUUAAGGAGCCCCAGCGCUUGCUUGGAGGCCCUUUGCAGCCCGCUGGCACCUCGACCUUCCAGAGCCCGCUGGUCUCCUUUGCCUACGAACGUGGCUGGCGCAGGAGCUUUGCCAGUUCAGGCUUCCCGGGGCCAGACGAGGAAUUUCGCCUCGCAGCGUGGCGAGGGCAAAGCUGGGAGUGAGACGUGUUUCCAGCGGAGAGCCCAAGACUUCCUGCGCGAGGGCACCGGCCUGCUCGGGGACCUUACGGCUUUACGGGACACGCUGCUGGAUGCAUCCUGCGGGUCGGGCCUCUUCAGCAGGCGGUUUGCUGCUUCCGGGGACUAUUCCACAGUCGUCGCCCUGGAUUUCAGCGAGUCGAUGCUUCGACAGGUGGAUGAUUUCGCCAGACAGGAAAUCGGACCCGACUAUGCACAGGGCGGAGAGGGCAAAACUGCUCUCCAGCUGGUUCGGGCAGACAUCGCUCGCCUGCCCUUCGAGUCCGGCUCUCUUGGAGGGGUUCAUGCAGGUGCUGCCAUUCACUGCUGGCCAAAUCCAGAGCUUGCCGUCGCCGAAGUCUCCCGAGUCUUAAGGCCCGGUGGCGUCUUCGUGCUGACGACCUUCAUGCCCAGGGGCCCACUGCGCACGAUGGGCACCAAUCGAAACCCCUACAAAUUCUGGACAGAGGAGGAGUUGCGCUCGCUCACCAGCCGCUGCGGUCUCUCAGAUUUCAAGGCGAUCAUCAAGGAUCCAGCCUUCAUCAUGGUGCGUGUCAAGAAGCCCACGGCGUCCACGCCCACAGAGUCUGCAUGA